AUGGACAUGAAAAAGAUCUCCUUUGCUGUCCUCAUUGUCGCUGCCUCCAUGAGUGCAGCCUUGACCGCCCACGCUGCUGAGGCCCCUGCCACUUCUGCCGCUUCAGCUGCUUCAGGCCCUGCCGCUUCUGGCCCUUCUGCUCCAUCCCCCGCCAGCGGAGCUGCCGAGACAUCCCCAUUUGUUGGGUCUUUGAUCGGAGCUUUCCUUUUAUCUUUCCUUGCUUACUAUAUGCAGUAAGCUGAUUAACAGGGAAGAAGAUGGCAGGAUAUAUAUCUAAAAUAAUGUAUUUAUAAGACAGAAAUGAAUGUGGAAUAGAAAAGUUGCUUGAACGAAGGGAUUGAAAAGAGAAUAACAGAUGAUGAUUAUGAAUCUUUUUUUAAUUCUUGGAAAUUUUUUGGCUUCUUGCAGAAUUUUCCCCCUUAAUUUGUUUCAUUAAUUUCUGAUGUGGUAGAUUAGUAGUUGAACAUUGAAAUAAAGACAAACAUUAAGGAAAAACUUCUCUGGUGUGCACUCUUUUGCUCCUUCAAUAAGUAUUGCAGGUCUGCUCCUCUUGCUAACGCUAACAUGAAUGAUGGGUAUGGAUAGCAAUUGUUUGCAAACCCAUCCGGCCCAGAUAAAUUUUUUCCCAUCCUGCCUUGUAGAGGAUAAUUCUUUCAUGACAUAAAGAAAGAAAACCUACCGACAACCAGAACUUACUCCUUUGGUUAUUACCAUUAUCCAUUUGAAGUACUUUUCUUUGUCCAUUCAACUUGGUGUCUGGUUCAGAAUAGGUAUCCUAUGUUACAGGAAGGAUAUGAUGAUUCUGAUGAUCUAAUGUGGGCAUCCUAUGUUCAAUGGAAGAAUCUGAAGGGUCAGCUCAGGACAUAUUUCUGCAAAUGAAUAAUGAGAACUAUGACUUAUCAACAAACAAAAUGAUUGCCCCAUUUUGCUGUUCUUAUCAGAGCAGAAGUCCAUUUUCCUUCUUUUGUGAAUCAUGCCUUUACCUAA